AUGUCCGACCCAUCCAAUCCUCCUCCCGGCUCUCGAGCCAUCAAGAUCCCAAUCUAUGCCAAAUCCACCAGAGGAGAUUACACCACCACUUCGAAUCAACCACGCCGCAGUGGCCGCUAUGCCAAACAAAGCGAACGAGCUGAUUCCGAUGCUGGGCCAUCUUCCCUAGGUUCCGAUCAUGACUCCUCCUGGUCCUACAGCCCUCUCCCAGACCGGCCACAGAAUACCCUUCAAGCAGUAGCCUCACCUCAAGACAACCGCCGGUUUCCCUUCACCCCUUCGACUUCAGUAGACGCUGGCCCGGAAAGGAAAGAUAAGCAAAAAUCCACCGCCAACACCAACGGCUCGUCACCUCCAUCCACCAUGCCCAACCUCUUCAACCCAUCCUCUUCCCCACUGGGACCCUCAAUGCUGGCCUCAAGCUCCUACAAGUCCAUCAACUUGAACUCUCACCAUGAUGAUCCAGAUGAGCCACCGCGUCUCAUUACCUAUACCAAGCACAGCCAAGGCUUCACAUGGAAUGAUGAAUUGUUCCUACCCAGUUAUCUUCUCGGCCGAUAUGGUGAACGAGGACGAAAGAAGCAAUACGAUGGUGACUUCGGUGAUGAUGAUUACUGUCCCGUCGCGGAAAUCUUUGUCACCGAUGAAGAGGCUGAGGCUAUGAUGCCAUGA